AUGGAAAAAAUUGUUGGUUCAUGUAAUGGUUUGGUAUUAGUGUUGAAUGAGGAAGAUGUUGCAUUUUUAAUCAACCCCACAAGCAUAGAAUACCGUAGAAUUCCAAACUCUCCUCUGGCUCUUCCAAAUCGUGGUACCUCUACCGCGUAUGCCCCUGUGUAUGAUGUUGCUAGUGAUCAUUAUAAGGUUUUUAUUUUUUCUUAUUAUAGAUAUGUACUUGAAGGUGACCUUUAUUGUACAUUUGUGGAUGUCUACUCUGCGAGAAUGGGUUUUUGGAGGAGACAUGAGAGUAUAUCUCAUUAUGGUGCAAUUCCUAUUAGUGGUUUUAGGGUUUUCCUAAAUGGGGCUUUGCAUUGGCUGGCAGGUAAAAAAUAUUGUUCUCCUUCUGUAAUUGUUGUUGUUGAUCUAACUAAUGAGAAUUUCUUCGUGGUGCCUAUACCUACUAUUACUACUACUUCUCUUUUGCGCUUUUAUGGAAUUUUGGCUCUUUGA